GUCAAAUCCGAAGUAAACCCCGAUAAAAUGAAGUACACAUAUGAAUCAGCGAAGAAGGGACAAGUGGCCUUCAGGAAAAAAGUUAUAGAAAAGGGAACCUGGCCAACUUUUGCUGAAGAACAAACAAACCGAGCUGGGUUUCCUUCGACAAGUUCUCGCCAACAACAAAUAAAACCAAAAGAGAUGAACAAGCGAGCAGAACUACAUAUUCUUCGACAAAGUCUCUUCAAGCAACAAAGAAAAUCAAAAAAGGUACUGCUGGAAUCAAGGAAACUGCCGACAAGACGGUUGAAUCUUCGGAUGAAAAUCAACCCUCGCCCACUCCGGUGGACUCUUCGGAUUCAGAAGCAGAAGUAUCACAGCUUUUACUUAAAACCAGAACAGAAAAAGGACCUGGCUCAGCCUACCUGGUAGAUGACGUCAGAAUGAAUGGUCGAAAGAAACUUCUGGUGAUAGGUAAAGCUGGAACGGGUAAGAGCUCACUCUGCAACGUUCUAACAGGCGUCGCUCAUAAUGCUAGUGUGUUCCCAGUAUAUUCGGGAGCUGAAAGUUGCACCCGCAAAACUGAGAUGGCAAAUGUGUUCUACAAUGGAGAAGGUGAGAAACCAGUGACCCUCAUAGAUACCGAAGGAUUCGACGCUACAGACGAUCUUGAGAACGAUGCAAGAAUUAUAGGAGAAUUGAUUGCAACUUUGCAGAAUAAAUGCGACCAUGUCAAUGUGUUUUGCAUAGCCAUAAACGCAAACAAUCGGAGAUUAGAUGGAGCUCUUGUCGGGAUGAUGAAUAUUUUUGAACAGAUGUUUGGCCCCGACUUCUGGGAGCAGGUCGUUAUUGUUUUUACGCAAUUCGAAAUGUCUCAGAAGGCUAUAAGGCGUAGACAGAAAAAUAACGAGAACCAGACCGAUCAAGAACUCGCCGAUGGUUAUAUUAAAACUUUGCGCUCUAAAUUUAAGAACGCUGGCAAACCGAGGUGUUUGUUCAUCAACUCACAAAGAGACGAUGGAGACAACGACGAAGAAAAACAGUACCAGGAGGCAGUUGAUGAGUUAUAUGAGCUGCUAGACAAAUCACCCUCCCUCGAUACCAAAGAGUGGGCAAACGAAAGAAAAUUAGUCGAAGGAAGAAAUAAAUUGCGAAGAAAUCUGAAAGAUAUAGAUGAGGCCCAGAAGCAGGAGGAGCUUGAGAGUCAAGAGCUUCGGGAAACAUUGCAACAAGAUUGCUGGAAACAAGUACCAGAAGACUACCGCAAACUUUUGAAACAAAUUGAUGACAACUACAAGGAAACCAGUAAGUCUGAAAAAGAAAUAAGAGAUGAAAAUAAACGAGCAGUCGAAGAGUUUUGGGCAACUCAGAAGAAUGAAAUCAAAAGUGAUGUUGAAAUGAACGAUCAGAUUCGCGCAUUACAGCAUGACAAAAUUAGGCUGCAAACUGAGCUGAUGAAAAAUACAUCAGAGAUUGAGAGUCUCAAAACGAUUAUCGAAAAACUAGACAACACAGUCCGGAAAAAAAUGGAAAAAGCAUCGGCCAAUGACAGAAAUGGAAGGCCACAGAUGGCGAAAGUUCGACCACCGACCGCUAUAAUCGAAAUUCCAGAACUACAGAGCAAGCAAGCCAACGAAAAAGAACUAAUUGAAAAGGAAAAACAGUACAUGGAUCUGGUCCAUAAAGCAGAUGUCCUUUAUAGCCGUCAACAAGCCCUGGAAAUUCUCAAAAAGAAACAACAGGAUAAAGAAGCACCAACCGGCGAAAAACUUCAACAAGUGAGCAUCAAGAGAUUAGAGGAGGAAGCUAAAUAUAAAGAAGGGUUGCGUCAAUUAUUGAUAAACAAUUCCGAUCAAGAACUGCUCACAGGAUGGCAAAACGCCGCUUUAAAGAUCCUACAGGAAAGCAAAGGUUCUAAUAUGACCAAAGUAAUGAACAUACGGGAUUUCCUUGCAGAUACAUAUCCUGCAUCCACUUGGUUUGUUUACUUAAUCAAUAAAAACGACAAGUGGGCGCACACAUUCAUCAGUGGAGCUUACGAGUGCUGGAAAUCGGAUCCCAAAAACACUGGAUGUCUCAAAUCUGGAAUACAGUGUGAUCUGAUUAUUUGGGGAAAACUUCUGGAACGCGAAGAACGUUAUCCUUCAAAUUGUAAUUGGGAGAACGUCGCCCACGCAAUUGUUGAAGAUGCUCAGGAUAAAGAGUCUGAAACUGAAGCAAUGUCUUACAUCGUAGGGAAACUUGAGGAAAAUGACGUACCGUGGCUGCAAAUUCUAGUAGCACCCUACACAUCGGUCACUAGAGUGUCAUACUGUCAUGAAAACUACUGCUUCACCCAUCCAAUUGGAGGUGGAUCGUUCAAGUUCUUCAUCGAGGUUUACACAGGGGGAUAGAAGACUGACUCAAGGGAAGAAACUUGAAACCUUACACUGUAAAUAAUAUAGCUAAAUAAAUUUACAGGAUU